ACCCCGUCCCUUCCCUCGCGUGCUCGCGCUUGCCCUCGCAGCCAAUCAGCGUGCGGCUCUCGCGCCAGGUCCGUGCGUCGCGCUCGCGGAGGAUCAGACGCUCCAUAUUUAGCUGAAGCGAGUCUCGCGGAGGCUCUGAGUGUCAGAGAAACCCUGCGAGAGAAAGGGAGAGAGUUCAACUCCCAACUUAUUUCGUGUCACCGCCGGAGUAAAACGAAGGGAGUACGAGCCAUCGAAAAGCCUCUGAGCGUCGAGGACGGAAUUCAUGGAGGAUCGGGCACUUUCGCGGACUUUUUCCCCUCAGAGAUUGGGUAUGUAGCUUAGCUGGUUAGCCUGGCCCCUAGCAGUAGCAGGCUAGCUGUGUCGAACAGCGGAGGCGACAUAAAUUGACUUUUACUCGCUGUAACGUCAUAACACCUCAACAAACCGCCUCGGUCUUUCCAAAGAAACAUUUCCGAAGGCGUCGCCAUCACAGAAACAGCGACUCGGGACUGUAUUCGGGGGAACUUCUCGUCUUAGCUGGCUGGCUAGCUGGCCGUCACGUCGAUCUGAAAACCGAACCUGAAAUCCAGACCUGAUAUACGAGCUUCUGGGACACUGGGUUAGGAUCCGUUAAACCGGGAGGAAAAGCUCGCAUUGGGUUAACGGAACCGUAGAGUUUCUGAAGUUCGUCUACUGCGAGCCGGGGACGGAACCGGACAGAGACCUCAUGAAUGGAAAUCGGAACUACAGGAGCCGUUGGGGCCCAGGCCCUGUUCUCCGUGCCUCGGAGGCCUGGCUAUGGCACCGUGGGGAAACCCAUCAAGCUGCUGGCCAACUGCUUCCAGGUGGAGAUCCCAAAGAUGGACGUCUACCUGUAUGAGGUGGACAUCAAGCCUGAGAAGUGUCCACGCCGUGUGAACAGGGAGGUUGUGGACUCCAUGGUGCAGCACUUUAAAGUCACCAUCUUUGGGGACCGAAGGCCAGUUUAUGAUGGGAAGAAAAGCCUCUACACCGCCAACCCUCUGCCUGUGGCGGCUGCGGGGGUGGAUCUGGACGUUACGCUGCCAGGGGAGGGGGGUAAAGACCGACCCUUUAAAGUCAGUAUUAAGUUUGUGUCCCUGGUGAGCUGGCACCUGUUGCAUGAGGUACUAACCGGUCGCAGUAUGCCAGAGCCGCUGGAGCUGGACAAGCCAAUCAGCACCAACCCAGUUCACGCUGUGGACGUGGUGCUACGCCAUCUACCCUCCAUGAAGUACACACCCGUGGGCCGCUCGUUCUUCUCUGCCCCGGAGGGCUACGACCAUCCUCUGGGUGGAGGAAGAGAGGUCUGGUUCGGCUUCCAUCAGUCUGUUCGGCCGGCCAUGUGGAAGAUGAUGCUCAACAUUGAUGUGUCAGCCACGGCUUUCUACAAAGCACAGCCAGUUAUUCAGUUCAUGUGUGAGGUACUGGACAUCCACAACAUCGACGAGCAGCCUCGGCCCCUCACAGACUCCCACCGAGUCAAAUUCACCAAAGAAAUCAAAGGUGCGUGUGUGUUUGUGUGCUCGCCUGUGUUCAUCUGUGCUCGUCCUGCUCUCAUCGGCUGGUGUGUGUGUGUGUGUGUGUGUGCAGGUCUGAAGGUGGAGGUGACACACUGCGGGACCAUGCGGAGGAAGUACAGGGUCUGUAAUGUGACCCGCCGGCCCGCCAGCCACCAAACGUUCCCUUUGCAGUUGGAGAACGGCCAAACUGUAGAACGAACCGUAGCUCAGUAUUUCCGAGAGAAGUACAGCCUGCAGCUCAAGUAUCCUCACCUGCCCUGUCUCCAGGUGGGCCAGGAGCAGAAACACACCUACCUGCCCCUGGAGGUGUGUAAUAUUGUAGCAGGGCAGCGGUGCAUCAAGAAACUGACAGAUAAUCAGACGUCCACCAUGAUCAAAGCCACAGCUCGAUCAGCUCCAGACCGACAGGAGGAGAUCAGCAGACUGGUGCGCAGUGCUAACUAUGAAGCAGACCCGUUCGUGCAGGAGUUCCAGUUUAAGGUGCGAGACGAGAUGGCCCACGUGACGGGGCGUGUGUUGCCUGCGCCCAUGCUGCAGUACGGGGGCAGGAACCGCACUGUAGCCACCCCCAGCCACGGAGUCUGGGACAUGAGAGGGAAACAGUUCCACACCGGCGUGGAGAUCAAGAUGUGGGCCAUCGCCUGCUUCGCCACGCAGAGACAGUGCAGAGAAGAGAUCCUCAAGGGCUUCACGGACCAGCUGCGUAAGAUCUCGAAGGACGCUGGGAUGCCGAUCCAGGGUCAGCCGUGUUUCUGUAAGUACGCACAGGGAGCCGACAGCGUGGAGCCCAUGUUCAGACACCUGAAGAACACUUACUCCGGCCUGCAGCUCAUCAUCGUCAUCCUGCCUGGAAAAACCCCCGUCUACGCCGAGGUCAAGCGUGUGGGAGACACUCUUCUAGGAAUGGCCACUCAGUGUGUUCAGGUGAAGAACGUGGUGAAAACCUCUCCUCAGACGCUCUCCAACCUCUGCCUCAAGAUCAACGUCAAACUCGGCGGCAUCAACAACAUCCUGGUGCCGCAUCAACGGCCAUCAGUGUUUCAGCAGCCAGUCAUCUUUCUGGGGGCGGAUGUGACGCAUCCUCCUGCAGGAGACGGGAAGAAACCCUCCAUUGCAGCGGUGGUGGGCAGCAUGGACGCUCAUCCCAGCAGGUACUGUGCCACGGUGCGUGUCCAGAGACCCAGACAGGAAGUGAUUCAGGACCUGGCCUCGAUGGUUCGAGAGUUACUCAUCCAGUUCUACAAGUCCACUCGCUACAAACCCACCAGAAUCAUCUUCUACAGGGACGGCGUGUCUGAGGGCCAGUUUAGACAGGUGUUGUAUUAUGAGCUGCUGGCCAUUCGAGAGGCCUGUAUCAGUCUGGAGAAGGAGUACCAGCCCGGCAUCACCUACAUCGUGGUGCAGAAACGCCACCACACGCGUCUCUUCUGUGCCGAUCGCAACGAGAGGGUGGGUCGCAGCGGAAACAUUCCUGCUGGUACAACCGUCGACACAGAUAUCACACACCCCUACGAGUUUGACUUUUACCUCUGCAGUCAUGCUGGAAUACAGGGCACUAGCCGACCCUCCCACUAUCACGUCCUGUGGGACGACAACUGCUUCACUGCGGAUGAGUUCCAGCUGCUCACUUACCAGUUGUGCCACACGUAUGUGCGCUGCACCCGCUCCGUCUCCAUCCCUGCGCCUGCCUACUACGCCCACCUGGUGGCCUUCCGUGCGCGAUACCACCUGGUGGACAAAGAGCACGACAGUGCCGAGGGCAGUCACGUCUCGGGACAGAGUAACGGCCGGGAUCCCCAGGCGCUGGCCAAAGCUGUGCAGAUUCACCACGACACCCUGAGGACCAUGUACUUUGCCUAAGCCAGCUCUUGUCCAUCCCAUGUUCGACUAGUCACGCACACGAUCCCGACAACCGCAUACACACUCCAUCACACCUCCCAAAAGCCUGUGCGUCCCUGUGGGUCGAUCUCUGUGGCGAUGGAAGCGCGGCCCGCCCCGACACUGUGCAGCAGGAUAAGAAAGGCCUGCUUUAAUUCCACACAUGGACCUCAGCACUAUUAUGCAAUAUUAAACCAGCCAACUGAGGCCGUUCUGUCAUAUCCCCUCCAAAACCCAAACCAAAAGGGAAGCGCGUCUAUGUCCCCGCUCCUCUUCCUGUCUGUAGUUCCUAACGUUUAAUAACUUUCCCUGCCUGUCACGCCUUGUACCUCAACGUUUUCUAAAAGCACUUUUGCCCCUCAUUGUCCUUCCCCCAAAAUGAGAUUGAAAUAGAUUGGAUGGAAAGACAAGAAAGGAAGUUUUGGGGAACGCCUGCGGAUAGAGUUGCUCACACUAGCAAUGUGUUUUCCUCCCGUUCUCAAUUAUUUUUGUAGCCAAUGGUGACUUAACUACGUGUUAAAGUGUCAGUCGUGAAGAACCAAUUGUGAAAAAUCGUUAGCGUUUUAAAACCGAAAACAAGCUUUUAUUGUUAGAGAAGUGCCAUUGCAGAGCGUACAAAUCCUUUAUGAUGUUUUUGAAGCAAAUUGACGCUCUAGCUUUCAUGUCCUACAGUGCAAAGUGAUCAUGUUUUGAUGCUUUUUCUUGUUUUUAAUACCCAAAUUCCCUCCAAUAUUUAUGUGUUUCGAUCAAACGCAGCUCAUAGCAGAUUGUCUCGUUCGCUUCCCUCCUGCACUUUGCCUCGGUUUAAAAUGUAUAGUCCAUGUUAUGUGACAGAUCAUACAUAGUUUAGUGCAAUAAUCCAUUAGUGGGAUGAGAAUACCUCCUGUGCAAAGACUCCGUGCGCGAUUGGGGGGGUUCAAAACAGGCACCCGAAAGCACGCGAUGGGCAUUGCGGUUGGUUUUUAACAUGGAUGGCACUUUCAUAGUUUAUUUUUGGUGAAAGUACAGCAGCGUUUCCUGACGAUUGACUGUAGUGUGUUAACAAGUGCCUGCGUGAAAUGCAUGAUGUUGGGAGGUCGGAAGCGGAGCAGUCGCACCUCAUUUAGUCCAACCAAUGGCACAGUUGUGACCACGUCCGACUGUACGGCCUUAUCAAAAAAAAUCACGCGGUUUCAAUGUCUCGAUUUUCACUGCCCUGCCUGUUUCAAAGGAUUCUGCUGCUGUUGUACUUGUUCGAGUCUGACUGGCGGGUUCAUGCUUCAGUUCGCCUAGACACGAGGGACCGACUGGGCCAUGAGUUCAAAGAGAAGCACCUGAUUCGUGCUCGUUCACUGGAGGGCCACUAGGGGUCAGUAUAGCGUUUUACUUGAAGGGUGCUGUGAGUGUCAGGUGCCUUACCGUCUCUCCGUGCGCCAUCUGAAGCAUGUCCCGCUGUUUAAAAGUGAUAAUCUGCACUAAAUAAUGCGUAAUGCAUGGUGCUAUUAGGUGCGGCCCGUGGCGGCAUCAGCAACUGGCAAAGACUUAAUGUGUAAGAUGGAACAUGGGAUGCAUAAAUGGUGCUGGUUGCAUGCAUUUCUCUCACUCUGAGGAGAAGUUUUUUGGUCGUUUUGUAUGUUUGUUAGAUUUGCAUUUGAUUAUACUGCGUAGAAAGGUACAGAACUGUGGCCAGUCAGAAUACGAUUACUGCACGAAUCGCUAUAAAGUGGAAGAUUUCAAUUUUUAUUCAAAUAACAAUUUUAGUCCCGUUUAAAAUCCAGAAUGCAGUUAAUGCAAUCAAAUAAAUUCUAAAGUCUAAUAGAAUGAAAGGAGUGCAGUAGGCUGUUGUGAUGGGUUUUCUGUGUUUUUAGUUUUUUUAUAAAGCGUGCAUUAGAGGUCGGACUUGUUAAAGAAGGUACACCGUGUUUUAUGCCCAUCAAAGUUGGUUUAAGUGAGCAUCGAUACAGCAUCUACUAAAAUUGCAACUUUAUUUCACCUUCCCAAACGGCUUCUCGGUGCUUCAGAGCCUGUGUGUGGAUGCCAAACAGCUGUCGGUUUCAGAAGCGAUCUUGAUGAGGUGUCAUGCAAUUAUAUUUUUUGUGUAGUUUUAACUUCUAAUAUACAUAUAUAUAUAUUUUACUAACCCUUGCCUCUUAUUGUGGCAGGAAAUGCCUCUUUAAAGGAAUAGUUUGGUUAUAAAUGUCAUUUUUACUCACUUUACCCAAACUUGCAUGACUUUUUUUGCUGCACAAGAGAUUUUAGUCAGUUUUAAAAACCGAUAUCUAAUGACCGAUAUUUAAUGAACCGAUAUUAAAGUUAAGAAAUGGCUUGAAAGCUUGGGAUAUAGAUUCAUUUUGGAGCUUGGUAGUAAAAAUCAGUCCAUUUUUGUUGCUCAACACGAGGGUGAGAAAACAUUACACAAUUUUCAUUUUUCACUCCCAACGAUUCCUUUAAAGCUGCAACUGGUUUAUCCUCCGUACGUUUUAACCGCAGAUUGUAAAGAGUGUUUGUCUUGUAUUCGCAAGUAACUGUGGUAGCAGAUGUUGUGGGUUCGUAGCACACUUCGUUAGUCGCCUGACGUGGCUUCCGUUAUUCAGAAAGCUAGAUGCAAAAGAGUCGAUGCAUUUUCUCUUCCCCUCUCGUCUCGUCUUUUUAUUUUAGAGCUUUUGGGUGGGUCUUCUUUUAGGGUCUAAAACGUAACACGAGUUCAAAGUUCAUAGAAAGUGCCUUUCCUCAUGAUGGUGCUGAAUAAUCCGAGACUAAAGUGAGAAAUCAAAGAGCAUAUUAGUCUUACUCUUACCUUGAAGAAGGUGUUGCACACAUGCAAACACACACACACACACACGUUUUUAUCUCAAUCUUUGUAUAUUCAGAUACUAUAAUGACGACGAUAUAUGCCAAGUAUACGAGCAAACGGUUGAGAUACUGUAUUAGGAGUCCGGACCAAUGCAAUAGGUGAAUGUGCUAUCUUUAGAUAGGGACAGAGCGGACACUCAUAUGACACGGCCUGACCCUGGACAGGAACGCCUAGCACUUUAAAGACUGCCACCCAAACAAGGAAACAAAGUCACAGUGCUUUGAUCUCCUUUUUUUCGCCCCUUUUUUCAUGCACUCCAACAAAAGACUGUCUCUAGUGCUUGAAAUCUUUGCUGAGGGAAGGUUAUUUGCAUUUUGAAGGUUUACACGGGGCCCCGGUGACGUCGUUUUUAAAGAUUUCACUAUGGUAUUGUUUGUGUUGCAGUGGCUGUUUGAUCCCUGUCAAUGUGCAAUGGCCCGUAGAAACCGAGACGCGUACAGUAUGUGAUUUGACCCCCGUGGCCUGUGUUUUGUCACAUGGGUGCCCGUUUGUCCAGGAGGAUAUACCUCGACGAGAGAUCUCAAAACACUGCACCUCACUUACCUUGGUAUGCUGCAUAUGUUCUAGUGAAAGAAACUGCAAAUGGGUGAAUCUCGCAGAAGAACGUGUUCACAUUUAACACCAACAUCACAAGACGCGUUCGAUUUUGCAUAAUGAAAAUGAAGCAAAUAAUGACGUUUUUUUUUUUUGCAUUGUGAUAAUGAAAUUCGUUCCCUGCCCCAAGUUCUCAUUAUUGUAAUGCAAAAUAUUAUGUAUUAAUAUUAGUUGCAUUGCUUUCAUUUAUGCUCAAUUGAUCAUUUUUAUAAUAAAGUAAAUUUAAUUCUGUCACUGUUGGGAAUUACAAGAUAGCUCAAAACUACAAUUUUGGUGAAAAUUUAAAAAAUAAUAGGCUUAAUUUUUCUCAUGCAAAAUAUAAUUUCUAGUUGUACUACUCUUCAACAAGACGACAGAAAUAAGGUAUUAUAUUUUGCAUGUAGAAAAUGAAGCCUUUUUUUCUGACUAUUUUUAUGACCAUUUAACACAUUCAACACAUCAAAAAAAGGCUGUGCUUAAUUAUGAAAGUAAUGCAAAUAAUGGAAUAAUUGUAUUGGUUGUAAAAAAAAAAAUAUAUAUAUAUUUUUUUUUGGCUUAAUUUUCGUCAUGCAAAAUAUUUUUUUUUAGUGUCCUACACACCAACAACACAAGACAGAAAUAAGAAAUUAUAUUUUGCAUCAAGAAAACAAUGCCUGUUUUCUGACCAUUAUAACGCAUAAUGUUCUUUAUUUUAUUUUUAGGCAUUGUGACCAUAUUUUAAUGACAACUAAUCACACUCUCUAAAUUCUCAUUGUUGUAAAAUAACAUCAUCGCUCAAAACUGUAGGGAAAACUAUCAUUCAAAUAAUGCCAAAACAGAUUGGUUGUUAAAAAAGGCUUCAUUUUCCUCAUGCAAAAUAUCAUUUCUUAUUUGUUCUUUUGAUUUUGGAGGUGGAUAUGUUUUCUUGAGGUUCGCCCGGAUAUUAAUUUGAUUACAGUAUAAUGCUUGACUAAUGCCUGACAACAAUAUCCUUAACAAUGUUAGAUUAAGAAGUCUAAUUGUAAGAGAGAGAGAAAAAAAAGUUGUUUUUAAAUCAUAACACGUAUCUUUUUCUUCUUUUAUUGAGCCAACUUGUAUUUUGUUGUCCUAUUUAAAUGUUUUUAGUUUUUUCUUUUUCCUUUUUUUUUUUUUUUUUUUUUUAAUAUAUUGGAAAUAUAUAUGGGAUAUAUUUAACGGUGUAUUUAUUGAGGGAGUGCUUACGCGGCUGGAGUCUCCGCAGAGUUACGGGGGGCAAGUUUGGGGGUCGAACGGAAGCCCUCGACAUCCUCACACACACACACACACACACACACACAAGCACAACCACAGAGUGGGCUGAAGUGUUCGAUGACGUCACUUCCUCCUUGACCUUUGACUAGUUGUCUGUCGAGAUGGUCCACCUCUGCAGCGAAGAGGCUCAUCUCGUUACGGGACAGAGAACCACACUGACUUUGUUAUUCCAAAAAGAAGAGAUAAAAAGCUGAUUGUUUUCAUCCAGAGCUGCUAAACGCUUAGCCAUACACGUUUUUUUUUUUUUUUCAGGAAGGAUUUUACAAAUGGAGUCGAGAAGCAGAUCAUAGUAUUUGUCCUUCAUCAUUUGCUUGAGUUCAAUUGUCUUGGUGCCAGAGAGGGUCCCAUUCCACUCAGAUAUAAUAUAAUAUAUAUAUAUAUAUACAUAAAUGAGCCUCAGCCUUAACUGUACUCUUGUUUUUCCGAUUGGACUUGAGACGUCUGUCAAAAGGCCUUCGUCGUGCGUAGAGAAGCAUACUCGCUAACUCCCCGUGUGGCAUCUCGCUUCUCUUUUAAACCACUAAUUUUCACGAGCCGCUCGGAGAUUCGGAGACGAGGCCGCUGUCUGUAUCUCAAACGGUCAUGUCGUCGUUUUCCAGGAGGACAGAGGCAUCGAGCGCCCGGACGAAGUUGCACCCAAAUCGGCGACCGAGUCGAUUCCUAAAAAUGUUUACAAAACGGUUUACUGCAACGCAAAGCUCCAGCAUUCCACAAACGGACUGUGAAGCAUCCGAUGCAAGCGUACGGCGAGUCUGUCCAUCCUCGGUUUCUGUCGCUCGCGUCUUAUCGUGCGCUCGUCCUUGCUUAACGAAAGAGCCAAAGUUGAGCCAUUGCGAUCUCCGUGGCUCUGUCCUCUCUCAUCUCUCUCUCUCUCUCCGUGUUCGCAACGAGUCUCUCUAAUGUACCAAGGGAUGUUUCUUUUCCUUUGAAAUGUCUUUCUUUGUUUAAUAAUCCUCUCUUUGUAGAUCAAUGGCCUUUUAGUGUUGCUUUGCUUCAGUCUGGAGUGUAUCUUUCACUAAUACUUGCAAUAAAAAGCUUUGCUUUUGAAACUCA